AUGCCUAACUGGCCAUUCUGGAUAGCUCCAUUCUCUUGAAAAGAUGAGUUAUCAGGAUUAACAUGUUGUGCAGUAAAAUGUCACCAAGGUUGGAUACCGUAAUAAUAUCUCCAUUCACCCUAUAAACAUUCUGUUUGGCUUCGGGGCAAAGACCAAUAAGAACUAAUUCAGAAAACAAAAUCACUUUAAAUGUUCAAAUUCCUGGAGCUUGAACCAUCUCUCACCAUUAUACAUCCAAUGGCAGUCAAGCAUUGGCGAGUUGUUUUGCUGAUAUGAUCUUGUGAGAUGCAGAGUUACAUUACCUUCUUUCAUCUUUGUUAAUGUGUGUGACCAGAAAAUUAAUAUUGCUUUGUUUGUUCACUUGUAGUAAAUUGUGACUGAGGAAAAAAAUGAUGGAGGAAAGUGGGAUAGAGACGACUCCCCCCAGCACUCCUCCACCUAGUGUGGCUUUGGCAGCAAGUCAUCCUCCAGUCUGCAUAGCUUUACCUAGCCCUUUAGCUAACCCCAUCACCACUUCCUUACCCCCCUCAGUGUAUUCCACGCCUCCUGCUCCUCUUCGAACUCACUUGCCUCCUGUAGGCACCUCUACCCCGCUAUCCUUUGGAAUUUCUGUUAAUUCUCCCAUUCAUCCAGCUGCAGUUGCUGUUAGCACUACAGGCUUUAGCACUCCUCCUCCUGCAAACUUUUCUCUUCCAGCUCCUCCUACGGCCUCUCCUCCUGGGUCUGUCCUUUCUGCACCUCCCAUAGGUCCACCCAUCACUGGCUUCUCCACGGGUGCAACCUAUGACAUCACUCGAGGCCAUGCUGGUCGAACCCCACAAACUCCACUGAUGCCAACAUUUUCCUCGCUGUCGGUCUCAGGCAUUGUACCAAACACCAUGACUCAGGUUUCUGCUCCUGUGGGAGGUGGGUCUUCCAUCACUUUCCCAGAAGAGUCUGAGGAUCCCAGAUUGUCUCUGCAACAGGAGCAAAGUGCUUCAGGGGGAGGAUUGUGGGGGUUCUUUAAGGGAGUGGCUGGGAAUCCAGUGGUGAAAUCUGUUUUGGAUAAAACCAAACAUUCCGUGGAGUCGAUGAUCACUACCCUGGACCCAGGCAUGGUUCCUUACAUCAAAUCAGGUGGCGAUUUGGAUGUUUUGGUAACUUCCAAUAAAGAAGUUAAAGUAGCCGCUGUGCGAGAUGCUUUUCAGGAUAUAUUUGGAUUGGCCACGAUUACAGGCGAGGCUGGCCAGUCCAAUAUAGCCCCACAGCCUGUUGGAUAUGCAGCAGGACUAAAGGGAGCACAAGAAAGGAUUGAUAGUCUGCGGAGAUCAGGAAUCAUUCAUGAAAAACAGGCAGUGGUUUCCAUUGAGAACUUCAUUGCAGAAUUGCUACCUGACAGGUGGUUUGACAUUGGCUGCUUAAUUCUUGAAGAUCCUGCUCAUGGUAUUCAUUUGGAAAACUUCACACAGGCCACACCAGUGCCUUUGGAAUAUGUGCAACAGGCCCAAAAUUUGACACCUCCCGACUACAACCUGAGAUGGUCUGGGCUCUUGGUGACCAUAGGCGAAGUGUUGGAAAGGAGUAUACCUCACAUCACCCGAAUUGACUGGCAUAUAGUAUUUACAGGAAUGUCUCGAAGACAGAUGAUCUACAGUGCUGCCAAAGCCUUAGCAGGAAUGUACAAACAGCGACUACCACCAAAAAGCUUUUAAAAAAUAAAACUGACCAUCAGUCCUUUAGCAGGGAUUUUCUUUUGCUCAACUACACAUACAAGAGUAGUUUAGUUCCUUGUAUUUUUGUAUCAAAAGAAUCAACAAAGUCAGCUCCUGAAGCAAAUCGUCCUCUUGUAAUAUAACAAUCUCGCAAACCAGCAUGGAAACUGGUUAAGUAAACAUUCCAACAAGUGAAGAUUCAGACAUGGGAAAUAUUUUGAAAUAUACAAGUAUAUGUUGGUGUAUUUUAACUUUUUUAUGAUACAAUGCUUUUGAUGGAUAAAUCUGGUAAUGAAAUAUUGUACAUGAUGAAGUUAAGCCUCACGACAUUAGAGGUUGGUGCUUCUGAUCAAUAUUGUCCACAUCCUCUUCAGCUGAUCAAUAUAAAAAUGUGGCCAGACAAAUAUGGGUUAAUGUACAGUAGAGAGUGCAGUUAGUGUGGGAACAUAGUUUGAAAUUUCUUGUUCUACGCAUCCACCAACUGUUGUAUAAUAUAAGCUUACAUCAAAUUGAGAAUUAUGGAUACAUGAUUUACCAGCUGCGGGUUAAACAUAAUUUAGAAACCUAAUUUCUUUACCAUAUAAAUAGUUCCUUUAAUUCUACCCUGUUAACAUUUAACCAAAUAAUUUUUUUUUAAUUUCAAAAUUCCCAUUGGCUUUGUAAUGUCUAUUCAAAGAAUUACCAAUGCCAAUAUGUUGUGGGGUGAUUAUUUUUUUUGACUGGUGGUGUUCUUUCAGUGGAGUAAAAGGAAAGUACUCUACCACAGUUUUUUUAUAUAAUUGCUUUUUUAAUGUAAUUCUGCCUCAAAUGCAACCCUAGUCGGAUAUGUCUUUGUAAAUUGGUAAAAUGUUUAGUAAUUUUGCUGUAAUAUGUUACACAGUUUGUAUGCAAGCAUUUCUGCUAAUCUGUACAACUAAUCACAGGACAAACAGUUUACCAAUAAAUACCUUAGACUUAA